AGCGCUCUCAAACUCGCUGUACGCAUUCCCCCGACUUCUUCGUCGCACAUCUCCGCUUCGCCAUGCGUGAGCUCGUGCACGUCCAGGGAGGUCAGUGCGGCAACCAGAUCGGUGCCAAGUUCUGGGAGGUCAUCGCAGACGAGCAUGGCAUUGAUCCCACAGGUACCUACCACGGCGACUCUGAUUUGCAGCUGGAACGCAUCAAUGUCUAUUUCAACGAGGCCACCGGCGGUCGCUACGUGCCACGCGCGGUGCUGAUGGACCUUGAGCCAGGCACCAUGGACAGUGUCCGCGCGGGGCCCUUUGGCCAGCUCUUCCGGCCCGACAACUUCGUCUUCGGGCAGACUGGGGCUGGGAACAACUGGGCCAAGGGCCACUACACGGAGGGUGCCGAGUUAAUCGACUCGGUGCUUGACGUGGUGCGAAAGGAGGCGGAGGGCUGCGACUGCCUGCAGGGCUUUCAGCUCUGCCACUCCCUCGGGGGCGGCACUGGGGCGGGCAUGGGCACGCUGCUGAUCUCCAAGGUCCGUGAGGAAUACCCGGAUCGCAUUAUGGAGACGUUCUCGGUGAUUCCAUCUCCGAAAGUGUCGGACACCGUGGUUGAGCCCUACAAUGCAGUUUUGAGCUUCCAUCAAUUGGUUGAGAACUCUGACGAGUCCUUCUUGCUGGACAACGAAGCAUUGUACGACAUUUGCUUCCGCACAUUGAAGCUGACAACACCGACCUACGGCGACCUGAACCACUUGGUCUCCGCAGCAAUGUCUGGAGUUACUUGUUGUUUGCGCUUCCCGGGGCAGCUGAAUUGCGACCUGCGCAAGAUCGCGGUGAACCUUGUGCCCUUCCCCCGGCUGCACUUCUUCAUGACAGGCUUCGCCCCGCUGACCUCUCGCGGUUCGCAGCAGUAUCGAGCCCUCACCGUGCCGGAGUUGACCCAGCAGAUGUUCGACGCUAAGAACAUGAUGUGCGCAGCCGAUCCCCGCCAUGGUCGCUACUUGACCGCGGCAGCCUUGUUCCGCGGCCGAAUGUCUACAAAGGAGGUCGAUGAGCAGAUGCUUAACGUUCAGAACAAGAACUCAUCGUACUUUGUGGAGUGGAUCCCCAACAACAUCAAGGCCUCGGUCUGCGACAUCCCCCCGAAGGGCCUGAAGAUGGCGGUGGCCUUUGCGGGUAACUCCACGGCCAUCCAGGAGAUGUUCAAGCGCGUGGCGGAGUACUUCACCGCCAUGUUCCGGCGCAAGGCCUUCUUGCACUGGUACACCGGUGAGGGCAUGGACGAGAUGGAGUUUACUGAGGCGGAGUCCAACAUGAACGACCUGGUCUCCGAGUACCAGCAGUACCAGGAUGCUACGGCAGAGGAGGAAGGCGAGUUUGAUGAAGAGGAAGGUGAGUAUGAUGGCUGAAAUGUCCAUGCAGCUCACCCCUCGCCCGCGUGUUGAUCGACAUAGCGGCGAAUUCAACCACUUGAAACGAGGGUUGAGAGCAUGGUUGGUGUGUCGAUUCAAUCUACAGC